UAUGGAUGCCAUAGAGACCAAUACGGACUAAGGGUUUAAACAAGAUGGUGUCCGCCGCAGGACCGCUCUAUCUUCCUGGGUGAACUCUAUGGCAGAGCAUAGGCGUUCGAUUUAGAGAAGUGAAGCCGAGAUGGGUGGGAACCCGACCACACUAGCGCGCUAGAAGAGUGGGGCGGAAAGACAUCUCCCGCGCAUGUGUGGAACUGGGGGGACUGAUUCCAAGACAAGGCGCCCACCCCACAGAGCAAGUUUUCUGAAACGUUUGGAAUCGAAGCCUCUUAAAAUGGCAGAUGAUUUGGACUUCGAGACAGGAGAUGCAGGGGCCUCAGCCACCUUCCCAAUGCAGUGCUCAGCAUUACGUAAGAAUGGCUUUGUGGUGCUCAAAGGCCGGCCAUGUAAGAUCGUCGAGAUGUCUACUUCGAAGACUGGCAAGCACGGCCACGCCAAGGUCCAUCUGGUUGGUAUUGACAUCUUUACUGGGAAGAAAUAUGAAGAUAUCUGCCCGUCAACUCAUAAUAUGGAUGUCCCCAACAUCAAAAGGAAUGACUUCCAGCUGAUUGGCAUCCAGGAUGGGUACCUAUCACUGCUCCAGGACAGUGGGGAGGUACGAGAGGACCUUCGUCUCCCUGAGGGAGACCUUGGCAAGGAGAUUGAGCAGAAGUACGACUGUGGAGAAGAGAUCCUGAUCACGGUGCUGUCUGCCAUGACAGAGGAGGCAGCUGUUGCAAUCAAGGCCAUGGCAAAAUAACUGGCUCCCAGGGUGGCAGUGGUGGCAGCAGUGAUCCUCCGAACCUGCAGAGGCCCCCUCCCCCAGCCUGGCCUGGCUCUGGCCUGGUCCUAGGCUGGACUCCUCCUACACAAUUUAUUUGACGUUUUAUUUUGGUUUUCCCCACCCCCUCAAUCUGUCGGGGAGCCCCUGCCCUUCACCUAGCUCCCUUGGCCAGGAGCGAGCGAAGCCGUGGCCUUGGUGAAGCUGCCCUCCUCUUCUCCCCUCACACUACAGCCCUGGUGGGGGAGAAGGGGGUGGGUGCUGCUUGUGGUUUAGUAUUUUUUUUUUUUUUUUUUUUUUUUUUAAAUUCAAUCUGGAAUCAGAAAGCGGUGGAUUCUGGCAAAUGGUCCUUGUACCCUCCCCACUCAUCCCUGGUCUGGUCCCGUUGCCCAUAGCCCUUUACCCUGAGCACCACCCCAACAGACUGGGGACCAGCCCCCUCGCCUGCCUGUGUCUCUCCCCAAACCCCUUUAGAUGGGGAGGGAAGAGGAGGAGAGGGGAGGGGACCUGCCCCCUCCUCAGGCAUCUGGGAGGGCCCUGCCCCCAUGGGCUUUACCCUUCCCUGCGGGCUCUCUCCCCGACACAUUUGUUAAAAUCAAACCUGAAUAAAACUACAAGUUUAAUAUGAA